ACAGUCAAAGCACACUGGUUGGAAGUGAACUGAAAUGUAAAAGACUAAUAACACCAGGAGGGGGCAGUAAGCGGAACCUGUGGAUACCAAUUGAAGCAAAACACUGAAGAAGAAGCGGCGGACUCGUUGGUUUGUUGACGCAUUUAUGCCGCGAGUUUAAUUUUGUAGCUAUCAGACAGUUAUCUCUGAGCAAAUAGCUUAAAAAUCAGUUUACAGGUUACAUGUCGUUUUUUCAGCAGUAGUUAACCUUCAGUUUGUGACUUCCCUUUUUGCCGACUGUGUUGUGGUUGUCUGGGAAAUAUUCGGUUUGGUUUGUCAACAGUUCUGCUUGAAAAUGUCAGUGGAUACAGAGGAAACUCACCAGAGGUUAAAAGCUGCAGUUCAUUACACAGUGGAUCGUCUCUGCCAGAAGAUCGGUGAAGACCACCGGAGACCGUUAAGCCGACAAGCUAUAGCGGCAAUAGCUGAGACGACAUUCAGACAGUGUGAUAUAUUUGCAAAAGACCUGGAGGCUUUUGCAAGGCAUGCUAAAAGAAGCAUCGUGUCUGUAGAUGAUGUGAAACUUGUAGCCCGCCGCAGUACUGCUUUGUCCAUCCACAUACAAAAUAAAAGUGACGAACUGACCCAGGAGCACAUGAGUUUAAAAAAGAAGACUACUGCAAAGAGAAAGAACACAGAAACUUAGGAGGAAAGCAGAGAAUAAGGACAGGACACAGGCAAGCCUGCGGUAUCUGACUUGAGCCCAAUCAAUCAAAUAAACAUGAAGACUGACUUACAUGUAUCUGAUGGGCUGAGAGCCAACAAAAGUCCUAGUUCUUUCAUGGGACAUGUGCCUGUCAAAACAGUUAUGUAGCCAAGAUUUGGAGCCAAUAAGUGAAAAGUUCCAUCCCAGGAUCUGCUAAUGUGAUGUUGAAUUUUAGUGCAUGUAACAAUUUUGACCUGAUUUGUUACCAUGUAUGAAUGAAACAUUAAACUUGAUUUUUAAAGCAUUCGCCAAAGGGACCCUACAGAAA